CGAAAAGCAUGUAAUAUUCCAGUACGGUUUUCAAAAUAUCGCUCUUACAUGUCGUGAGAGUCAUUCUCCUCUCGUUGUUUGUGAAGAAAUGGCUGUGGAUCAAAGGGAGCAAAAAGCACGAAUCCGUUAAAGCCACGUGCGUCAGCGUCUGCGUCCUCUCUCGAUCGUGGGCAGCGGAGGCCAAAACUCUGUCGAUCUCGGGUAGAAUGGAAUUGCGCUGCAGAGGAAAGAUGAGGCACUUCGAGACGAAAUGACGAAAUGUUCAAUUUAGCCAUUCAUUAUUGUCGUAAGCAUUUGGCUCACGGGGGCGGAUUGGAUUUACAGACUUCGUUCCGCGCAUGCAUGCAACUUUCUGAACUUCCAUCAUAACGCACCCGCAGCAGCUGCGGCAGCAUCGUGUGGCAGCUGCUUGCGGACCCGGCGACGAUGCAUGCACUGUCAAACGCCGAAAAGCCCAGGCAAGGAAAAGCUGCUUGCGUGCGUACAUCGGCUGGCCGAGUUCCAACGCAGCAGCAGCAGUACCGGCUCAUGUCGAGGAAGCCUUAUGGAUGAUUAUUUUGAGCUGCUGCCAGAAGUCCAAUUUCAGGGAUCUAUCAGUUUCCAGCUACGGGCGCAACAGAAGCUCCAGGUGGGUGGGUGGCUGAGUGUUUGUGUGUUGUAUGUGUGAGCUGAUCCAGCAGAAGCAACAGGUUCAAGAGUCAGCACAAUGACGUGAUCCCAUCCCUUACCAGCUGCUUGUGCCGCGGCUGGAACAGAAGGCUUAAGUGUAGGUAUCCAUCCAGCUAAUGAAAGCCAGCGGAAUGACGACGAUCAGUGCAUGGAAUUUCGCAAUUCCAGCUGCGUUCGCAGACGCAGCAGCAGAGUUGCCACUUCGCGUCGACCGCAGGACGGAGGCAGGGCAGGUGACAGCCUCCGAUCCCAGUCAUGCUGAGCCGAUCGAUGCGUGGAAUGUCGAGGGCACUUGUAGAUCCACAGAGAGCUCUUCGAAGGCGAUGGAUGGAUACCCGCCGAUGCGCUCACAGACGAACAGGUCCCAGCUGAGCACACAACGAUUUCCAUCUCACCGUGAGUCGUCACAUCCUUUGACCACGAGAACAGCCUCCUGCUCCUCCCUCCCGUGCCCUUUGGGGUUGACCGACCGCAUCACAGCAUGGCGCCACGCCCGGCGGGAGCGGGUGUGGGCGACGCGUUCUUCGUCCCCUCUCGGCCGCCGUGACUGCCUCGCACCGGUCCGAGUUGACACUGCGCAAUUCAAUUCCACCAGCGCCCGCCCGCUGCUCGCUCGCCCACGCUGUUGCCGCUGUUGAUGUACAGCGUCUCCACCGCGUUCUCCAUCUUCUGCUCUGGUUUGAUCCGAUCUCCUUCACCUUCUGCCUUCUCCGUUCUUCGCG